UAAACUGAACAAACCCUGACUCGCAAUGAAAAUGAUCGGCAGUCAAGCAAGGCACAUUCCCUCAUCCGAUGACUUUUUUCUGGAUAUAAAAAUGUUCAUAUGUUAAAGACACCAUACUUCCUAGAGCAAUGAAGUCCUUCUUAUGUGUCAGCAUUUUGAUUGUCAACUUCAUUGCAUGUUUAUGCUAUACAGAUAACUUUAACAGUUAUAGAAAUGAAGAUGAAAAGUAUGAUCGAUUGAUAGAACUACUACGCAACAAACUACGCCAGCUAAAAGAAAAUGAGAUAGAAAACCGGCGGAAACACACGGCACCAACAGCAGUAAAGAAAGACAAUCCAAAAGAUUCUGAGGAAAAUUUAAAGGCCAUAGAAGACCUGAAUGUUGAUCCAGACUCUAAAAAUAUGGAAUUAAUUGAGAGCUUCCAGGUUUUAAAGAAUCACAGGAAAUUUAAGGCUAAUCAUAUCCAUCCCGAGGAAAGUAAACAUGUCAAAGCAGAGGCUUUUGACAAACAUAUAUUGACCCAUGCCCAGAAAGUGGAGCUAAACAUGGAGUCUGAAGAUUCAAACGAAACCGACAUAAACAGUCGUGGUAUUUUUAAAAGAGGAUUUAGAACAGGUCGUCUUUGGAAUAAACACACAGUACCCUAUGAAAUAGAUUCAAGUCUAGAUACUCAAGUGGCAAGGGACGUAAUUAACCAGGCUAUACAAGUAUUCGCUACUUUGACAUGUAUGCAGUGGAAACCUCACACAUCUACUUUAGAAAUAGAGCUUGGGCACAAAUCAUACGUUAAUUUUUACAGUGGCAGCGGAUGUACGUCACAUGUUGGUAGAAGUAGUGAUGGAAAACAAGGUUUGAGUCUUAGUGCUCCUGGUUGUCUAGGGCUUGGAACUACGUUGCAUGAAAUGUUACAUGCUCUAGGCCAAUAUCAUGAACAGAGCAGAACAGAUAGAGAUGACCAUGUUUAUAUAGAUUACAACCAAAUAGGAGUAAACAAAGGGGAUGCUAAUUAUGGAAAGUUCAACACGAGAGAUCUUAAUCCAUAUGAUUAUGAAUCAAUAGAGCACUACUCAUUAAAAAAAGGAUUCGAGGCAUUACAACCUGAAUUGGGAUUCCUAACGUCAUACGGAUCGGGAUUGUCCUUUUAUGAUAUUGCUGACAUUACAGACGCAUAUACAUGUGCAGAAAAAUGCGUGAAUCCUCCUGAAUGCAAGAAUGGUGGUUUUUUAAACUCUGGUUGUAAAUGUCAUUGUCCUUACGGUCUGACUGGCGACAACUGCGAUUCAGUUAUCAACAGCGGAGUUUGUGGUGGAAUCAUCGACAUUACCCCCGGUGAAAAGGAAGUUAUAAGUUCACCAAAUUUUCCAAAUAAUUAUGGCGUUGGUAUGGAGUGUGUGUGGCUUUUGAGGGCACCAUCUAGUUUUCAUGUACGACUGGAUGCUGACGUAUUUCAUCUUCCAUAUGACGCAGAAGAUGACAGAUGUUAUCAUUGGUUAGAAGUAAGAUACAAUCUACCUGGACAGACUGGAAUAAGAGUUUGUGGUGAUUCAAGUGGUGAUUCGUGGGUAACGUCCGCAUGGGGUGAAAAGAAUCUCAUGUUGCUUAUAUUCGACAGCGAAUUUGGAAAGCUACAUUCCCCAGAGAAAGGAUUUUCCCUUCAAGCCACAACAACUAAGGAUGGAUGCAUUCCAGAUCCAUGCAUAUAUGGAGUUUGUAAGGACUGUGAAAAUCAGGCAUAUCGUUGUGAAUGUGAUCCAGGAUUUGAAGGACAGAAAUGUGAUCAAGUCAAAGCUUCAGAAACGUUGGAAUGCACAUUUGAAAAAAGUAGCAAAUGUUUUCUGAAGAAUGUGAAAAACGACCAGUUUGACUGGAUUAUCUAUGCCGGCCCUACGGUUUCCGAUCUGACUGGGCCAGAAAGUGCCGCUGAGGGAUCUAAUUACAUGUAUGCUGAAUCAUCAUCACCAAGAUUGCCCAAUGAUAAAGCUGUUUUACAGUCGGAUAUAACUUUAACAGCGGAAGAUCGUUGUUUAAAAUUCUACUACAACAUGUUUGGUGCUGGAAUCGGAUCUUUAACUGUCAAAUCUGCCUCGAAUGUCUUGUGGUCUAAAAGUGGUAACCAAGGACUCAGUUGGCUUGCUGCUGCGGUAAACAUACCUCCAACGGCCAAUUUACAGAUUAUAUUUGAAGCAACACGGGGAAGUAACUGGGAAGGUGAUAUUGCUAUCGAUGACGUCAAAUUGAUUCCUGGGAUAUGUGAUAUUCCUGUGAAGUCGGAUUGUCUUUUAUCUGCCACUGGACAAGAUUACAUUGGAACACUAAGUAAAACAAAAUACGGGAAAACAUGUCAACGUUGGGAUUCCAGUUCUCCACACUCACAUACUUAUCAUACAUAUGACAAUGACGAAAACUACUGUCGAAAUACUCGAGGCGAUGAACCUUUGCCAUGGUGUUAUACCACAGAUCCCAACGAUCGAUGGGACUUUUGCGAAAUUCCACACUGUCAUAUACAAGAAUGUGUCCGGUCUAUAAAUGGUUACGAUUACUUGGGAAGUAAAGCAACAACAACACAGGGGAAAACUUGCAAAAAUAAUGGGGUUUGUAUAGGUAGUGGAAGCAGUUCUUCACCAUGGUGCUACGUGGACGACUCUAUCGUAAACUGGGAUACGUGUGAUAUAGCUAAGUGCACUGAUACGCCAAAAGAGUGCUUGCAAACUGGAAAGGGAACGGACUAUUUUGGAAGUAUGGCAAAGACAAAGACUGGUUCUGAAUGUCAACGUUGGGACAGCCAACAACCACAUGACCAUGAUUACUGGUACCUUGAGGACCAGGAAAACUUUUGCCGGAACCCAGAUGGUUCCUCAAGUCCUUGGUGCUUAUCGACAGACCCGGAUGUUAAAAAAGAAUACUGUGACAUUCCUUUUUGUGAUUAUAAAGGAUGUUCAACAAACCCUUGUGUACAUGGGGGAACCUGUCAGGAUACAUUAAACGGUGACUUUACAUGUCAGUGUCCAAAUGAAUAUGAAGGUGAUCGGUGUGAAGUGAAAGUUCCAUCAGUGGACGAUUGCAAGAGGUCUAUAGCUGGAUAUGACUACCAAGGACAACUAAACACAACUAUUGGAGGAUUUACUUGUCAGAUGUGGUCUUCAGAUCAGCCUCAUUCUCAUAGCAAACACGAUCAACCGGAGAAUUUCUGUCGUAAUCCAGACAAAGAUGAAAAACCGUGGUGCUAUACGACUACUUCCAGCAAGCGAUAUGACUUCUGUGACGUUCCAUUCUGUACAACGCCUGCCAAACAGUGCCUUCAAUCAGAUAAUGGUAUUGAAUACUAUGGUAAUGUUCGUCAAACAGAAGAUGGUAUUCCGUGUCAAAAAUGGGCUGAUCAAACACCACACUCUCACUCAUAUACUUAUAUUAGCGAUCAAGAGGACUUCUGUAGAAAUCCAGGAGCUGGCGAGAAAAAACCUUGGUGUUAUACAACCGAUUCUGAUAAAAGAUGGGAUUACUGUGACAUUCCUUUCUGUUAUUACAGUUUAAAAAAAAGAAAGAUGUAUGCGCCUAGUAAUCCCAAAUCAGAAAUGAAACAACCAUAUGUAAAAGACACCACUAUUCCUAGAACAAUGCAGUCCUCCAUAUUAUUCAGCAUUUUGAUCGUCACCUUAAUUACAAACUGUACAUCUUGGUUGAAUCCUAAUUCUAACGUUAAGGAGAAAGGAUGUAAGAAGACAGCUCAAGGUACUGAGUACAAAGGAAUGAUCAGUAACACUAUAAGCAACAGGAACUGUCAGAGUUGGAGGUUGAAUUAUCCUCAUCGUCACCGAUAUCAUUAUCCAGAUGUAAACUAUUGUCGUAAUCCAGACGGUUCAUCUGCACCUUGGUGUUAUACCACUGACCCCAAGAAACGAUGGGAAUAUUGUAAUGUCCCCUAUUGUUUUAAAAAGGAGAAAGGAUGUAAGAAGACAGCUCAGGGCUCUGAGUAUAAAGGAAUGAUCAGCACCACCAUUAGCCACAGGGACUGUCAAAGUUGGAAGUUGAAUUCUCCUCAUCAUCACCGAUAUCAUUAUCUAGAUGAAAACUAUUGUCGCAAUCCAGACAGUUCAACUGCACCGUGGUGUUAUACCACUGACCCCAAGAAACGAUGGGAUUAUUGUAAGGUACCUUAUUGCAUUAAACAGAAAGGAUGUAAGAAGACAGCGCAGGGGUUUGAGUAUAAGGGAAUGAUCAGUACCACAAUCAGCAACAGGGACUGUCAGACUUGGAAGUUGAAUACUCCUCAUCAUCACCGAUUUCAUAAUCAAGAUGAAAACUACUGUCGUAAUCCAGACGGUUCAGCUGUACCUUGGUGUUACACUACUGACCAUAAAAAGCGAUGGGAAUAUUGUAAUGUCCCUUUUUGUAAUUAUAAUCUAAAUGUAAUCGCAACAACGCCUGUCAAACAGUGCCUACAAUCAGAUAAUGGCGUCGAAUACUAUGGUAAUAGUCGCCUAACAGAAGAUGGUAUUCCGUGUCAGAAAUGGGCUGAUCAAACACCACAUUCUCAUUCAUAUACUUAUAUUACCGACCAAGAGGACUUCUCAAACUAUUGUCGUAAUCCAGACGGUGAACCUGCACCUUGGUGUUACACUACUGACCCUAACAAGCGAUGGGAAAUUUGUAGUGUCCCCUAUUGCACUAAGGAGAAAGGAUGUAAGAAGACAGUUAAGGGUUCUGAGUAUAAAGGGAAAAUCAGCACCACUAUCAACAACAGAGCCUGUCAAAGUUGGAAGUUGAAUUCUCCUCAUCGUCACCGAUUUCAUAGUUUAGAAGCAAACUAUUGUCGUAAUCCAGACGGUGAACCUGCACCUUGGUGUUACACUACUGACCCUAACAAGCGAUGGGAAAUUUGUAGUGUCCCCUUUUGCAUUAAGGAGAAAGGAUGUAAGAAGACAGCUCAGGGUUCUGAGUAUAAGGGAAAAAUCAGCACCACUAUCAGCAACAGAGCCUGUCAAAGCUGGAAGUUGAAUUCUCCUCAUCAACACCGAUUUCAUAAUUUAGAAGCAAACUAUUGUCGUAAUCCAGACGGUGAACCUGCACCUUGGUGUUACACUAAUGACCCUAGCAAGCGAUGGGAAAUUUGUAGUGUCCCAUUUUGUAAUUAG